UUUCAAGAGGUUCAACACCCACAGCAGAAAUCCAGCGUUCACAUUUCGUCAGUAUCUGCUGUCCGAAAAGGUUCGUCGUGUUCGUCGUAGUACGAGUUUUUAUCGCGGGCGCGAAAAGUAUUUUUAUUUUAAAAAAUUUGAAUUUUCAAUGCGAUUUUGAUUUUGGUUUCGUUAAGUUUAUUUUUUAGUUGGUAUUUUUAUAUAAAUCGAUCGAAGUAUUUGAGUUUUUACUCUACGAAAAAGUGCUGAAAGAAGAGGAUUAAGAGAACAGUGUAAAGGAUGUUCCGGUGAAAGGAGAUUUGGAGCGAUUGUUUUGGUUUUUGAAAUUGAAUAUUUAUUACUGUUUAUUGUAGUGAAAUUGCAGUUAAUAUUUUAUUGAGUGAAUAUUGGAAACAAAGUAAAGUGGAAAUCACUCAUAUAUAGUUGGGUUCAGUGUUUUUGAUAUCUGUAGUAAGCAAAGAGUAUACAAAGGGAUACAUUUGUGAAGUGCAACUACGAAAUUCAGUGCAUUACCAACAAAUUUUGAGGAUUACUUAUUCAACCUAUUUGGGAUCUAAUCUUUCAGGUGUUAAACUUAACAAAAUGUCGCAUAUUGCUCGUCGCCGCUUAGGAUCCGUUGGUGAUUCUGCUCCGCCCAGUGAUUCCUCCGAAGGAACUGCAUCAGAAACAUGUGAAAGCAAUCCAGAUUGGUCAUCGGUCGACGGUCAGCCACAACAGAACAACAGUCUUUUCAUAAAUUCAGACGCAGAUGAUUCGAUAAGUCUUGAAACCAGCAGUUUGCUCUCCAUGAAUGAAAGAGCCCAGGUCGAAAGUUUCUUCAGCGGAUUAGGCACAGAAGUUUUCGUCUGCUCUUCCCUGGCUAACUUAUAUGAAGGUGCUGGCAAAGAUGAUUGGCGUCUUAUCUACACAGGUAUUCCAGUCCUCCUUCACGAUAAGGGUUUAUCACGAUCACGAACAAUACCACGGGUUGCAUUCUGUUUGGCGGAACGAGGAUCCUGCUUUUCACUUUGGCGAGACACCAUCGACAACUUAUCGGACUAUAAGGUAGCUGGACCAGCUUUCCACACAAUGCAUCUAUCAUCGGACCACAGACAAGUGAUUGGAUUCAGUUUUGAUGCAAGCGAAUCGGCACGUGAAUUGUGGAAGGUCAUUGAGCGCUUGAUCAGCGAUCCAGAGAAUAUUGCAAUCAACAUUCCAAAUGCACGCAAGAAGAAUAAGCAAAAACGUGUCAAACCACCAGCGUUGCCACCAAAGUCACAAAUUUCUCAUCCAUGUCAAUUCCAGCACGUAACAAGCGUCACCACAGAAGAUGCUUCGCGCUAUUACAGUUUACAGGCAUUCGUUGCACCUCAGUCGGCCGUUGCUAAACACCGUUUGCACUGAGUCCACGGUUGUAUGGAGCAGAGUCAUAGUUGUACAGAACAUUCGGAAAGUAAUAAUUAGGAAUUAGCUCUAAGCGUUUCCGAGAGAUUCGAAUUUGGAGUAGUAUCCCAAACCAAUAUAUUAAAUAGACUAUCAAGAUCCUGAAAGAGAGCUUAAUUUUUUUCAGGACAUUGAAAUUUCACAAGGUUUCUAUUAUACUCUAUGAAUUCUUAUUGUGCAAUAUAGAACGCGUUGAGGUUUACAGAUAUUUCUAUUAACUCCAAUUAAGUGAAAACAUCGUUGCCGUGUUUUUCCAUAGACAAAAGUUCAUGUUUAGGAUCCGAUCACCACCACAUUCGAAUCACAUUCUGUACAUAAAUGACGAUCUGCUGAUAUAGUGCUGAGAUUGGGAUCAUUGAAUGUGACCUCACCUUUUGGUGGCAGUUCCCAUUGUCUAAUUUAAUGAACACCAUGAUUCCCACCCAGCAUCCGGUGUAUGUAUGUACUGUACAUAAUUGACUGUGAUAAUACCCCUCAACUUUUGCUUAUUCAAUGUCUAGUUUAGUUUUCUGAUUAGUUUGAUAAGUUAUCAAUUAACCUUUAAUAUUGUUUCCAUUUAGUCGCUAAUAUGUCUGUAAAAGUUUCGCAGCAUGAUUGUGAUUCAAGAGGACAAGGGGUCACCGAUAACUUUCACGUGAAGUCAUCGUGAUGAGCCCCGAAAUAAACAGAAGCCUCCAAAUAACAACUGAUACGCAAUAUGACAUGCUGCUAUUAAAUAUAGAAAUGAUUUGCUAUAGUAUUUUUUUACUUAACGAGGAUUGAUGCUACUCUACGUUUGAGGUUUUGAUUUUUACUCUUAGAAAAGGGAAGCUGAAAGCUGAUGAAUACAAAUUACAACUUUCAAAAACCCAUUUAAGUUCAAGAAGGACUAUCAAGGAUUACUAAAGCGCCAUAAGUAGUGUUAAGAGUAAUGCUUUGAAUUCGAGGACAUACACUUCACAAUUAAUCUAGAAACAGCAACUAAGGAGCACAAAUCGUCGUGUUCAUGAAUAGUUUCUCCAAACAGCCAAAGUUUUCAAAGUACAAUUUCUUUAUAAAUUUAGUCUACCUUUAACACUAGCUUCUGAACUAUCGAAACAAUCCUCAAGGACUACGACAGCGAAAUGCCAACACUCUCAAAGACACAAAAUCAGUGCAAGCAAUACAGCUGAAAUCAUAAUUUUGAUAUUAUUUUCAUUUGAAUUAUUCAGAUAUUUUGUGCGAAUUCCUUCCGUUGGCAUUCUGCCUUUCACUGAUUAUAAACAAUUUCCUAUUUCUAUAUGAUUUCGGUUUAGUAGUAACAUUUACGCAAUUUGAAUAUUUUCACGCAUAUGUUCCGAUUUAUUCAUAAACAUAAGAAAUCGUUUUUAAGCCAUUUUAUUACUUUUGAAUAAGUUUAAGGAAAUUAAAUACAUUUUAACCAGGCAAGAAUCAGUGUGAAAACACAUUUUUUGUAAUCAAAUCAAAAUAAAAUGAAAAAUACAAAAUGAUAAUAGUUAAGUCCAAUAUUAUCGUUGCAAAACAUCAUACAACUACUAAAUAAGUAGUUCGUUGCGAAAACUUGCAACUAGCGUGGUUGUAUGUUUAAUUAUGCAUUAAUAAAUUAAACUGAAAUGUCUUAUGGUUGGUUAAUUAAAUAAAGUUUUUUGCCGGAAAGUAGAUAAGUUUGAAAUAUGACGUAGGUAAGGAAUGAUACAAUUAUUAUUAUUACACUAUAUAAAAUAUUAAAUUACAAUCCACUGGCGUGUAUGAUGGAAGACCAUGUAUUAUACGAAAGAUGUCUCCCAGGAAGAUACAUACACAUGUGUUUAAUAUUGUACGUAUUUAUGUAAUAAUUCAAUGAAAAAAUAUAAUUAUUAUAUUUACGGAUAAAUAAUAAAUGCGUUAUAUUACGUGAAUA